GUCUGUCUCUGAUUCAUAACUACUUGCGAGAUAAAUAAUGUCAAACUAGUUUUCGUGAUAUCAGUAUUAAGUGUGCUAAACAAACAUAAACUUUUAAAUUGUUCAUUAUUUUCUUGGAUCCUAGUGCUUGGCCAGAAUUACAAUGUUUCGCUCAACAUCAAGCUUUGACAAGCUACUUGACAAAGCCACUAGUCACCUGCGUCUGGAGCCAGACUGGCCGGUUAUCCUGCAAAUUUGUGACCAAAUACGUCAAGGAGAUGUUCAACCAAAAUACGCCCUUGCUGCAAUUAAAAAAAAGUUGAUCAACCCGAAUCCCCAUGUUGCUUUGUUUGGACUGAUUGUACUCGAGUCGUGCGUAAAAAACUGUGGUAGUCUCAUACACGAUGAGAUUGGGACCAAGCCCUAUAUGGAGCAACUGCGCGAGCUGGUCAGGACGAGUCCUCACGAGAACGUGCGGAGCAAAGUCCUCGAGUUGAUACAAGCAUGGGCGUUUGCUUUCCGAAACAGCCCCAAGUACAGGGCGGUUCAGGACACUAUGAACAUAAUGAAGGCUGGAGACUACAAGUUCCCCCCACUGAAGGAGAGUGACGCGAUGUUCUCCGCAGAUACGGCCCCGGCGUGGGCAGACGGCGACUGUUGUCACCGCUGCCGCGUGCAGUUCGGCAUGGUGCAGCGUAAGCACCACUGCCGCGCCUGUGGACAGGUGUUCUGCUCGCAGUGCUCUGCCAAGACUUGCACUCUGCCCAAGUUCGGGAUCGAAAAAGAAGUCAGAGUCUGCGAAGCUUGCUACAACAAGAAUAGCAAGCCAGCCACACCCAAGAAACAAGAUAGUACUGAAGAACUUCCUGUGGAAUAUCUGACGAGCUCUUUAGCCCAGCAAAAUCAGGCUCCUCCUCCUCGUAAAAGUGAAGACGAGUUGAAGGAAGAAGAAGAACUUCAACUUGCUCUAGCUUUAUCUCAGUCUGAAGCUGAACACAAGGAGAAACAUAAAACUACCAGAAGUUUGACUCCUACUUCUAGAACCAAAAGUUACUCCCCUCCGCCAGUGAGGCAAGAGGUCAUUAGCCCGCCGAUAGAAGAAGAUCCGGAAUUGGCGAGGUAUCUGAACCGAUCUUACUGGGAAAACAGGGGGACUGAAGAAAGCAGCCCAUCAGCUCCUGCACCCAUCAGUAGCGCUACUAACAUGGGAAAACAGCUUUCAAAUGAAAUGGAGCAGAACGGAGUGGCAACUGACAGUGAGAUGGAAGAAUUUGUGAGAGAUCUGAAAAGUCAAGUUGAGAUAUUCGUGAACCGCAUGAAGAGCAACUCUUCUCGCGGAAGAAGCAUUGCAAACGAUUCUUCUGUUCAGAAACUGUUCAUGAACAUAACAGCGAUGCAUUCCAAACUUCUACAUUACAUUCAACAGCAGGACGAUAGUCGAGUCUACUAUGAGGGGCUACAAGACAAGUUGGUGCAAGUUAAGGACGCACGUGCAGCUCUAGACGCUCUGCGCGAUGAACAUCGUGAGAAGUUGCGGAGAGAAGCGGAACUUGCAGAGAGACAACGACAACACCAGAUGGCUCAGAAACUUGAUAUCAUGCGUAAGAAGAAGCAGGAGUAUCUUCAGUACCAACGACAACUCACUCUCCAGCGUAUCCAGGAGCAGGAGCGGGAGAUGCAGCUGAGACAGGAGCAGCAGAAACAACAAUACCUCAUGUCGUCCCAGUACGCAGGGCUGGGCUACAUGCCACCAGGAGGUUACGAAAGUCUGCCUCCCGGAGGUUAUGUGAUGGGAGGUCCUGUACCUGCUGGCUACUCUCACCCUCACUACACUCCUGCCCCAGCUCAAGGUAUGCCGGGAAUGAUGAUGCCAGGGUACAUGGGCCCCCCACAUGGUAUGGUGGGCCCCCAGAUGAUGGGACCCCCGUCAAUGGGCCCUGCUUCUCUGCCUACUCACAUGGGAUCGUCUCCGGUCCAUCUACAAGGUCAGAUGCCACCUCAUCCUCAGCAAGGUGGGCAAAUCCCACAGCAGGGACAAUUUCCCCAACAGCAGGGACAAAUCCCCCAACAGCAGGGACAAAUUCCCCAACAACAGGGACAACUCCCUCAACAGCAGGGACAGAUUCAUCCCCAGCAAGGUCAAAUGCCUAAUCAAGGUCAAAUACCUCCUCAAGGUCAAAUGCCUCAUCAAGGUCAAAUACCCCCUCAACAGGGACAAAUUCCCUCUCAGCCUCAAGGAAUUCCCCCACAAAUAGGUAAUAUGGGACUGCCAAAUCAAGGGCCUGGCAUGCCUCCCAACCAAAUCCCUCAAAUGGUUCCACAGUCAGGACCUCCAAUGCUCCCUGGUGCCCCAUCUCAGGGCUACCAACAUCAACAGCCUCAACCUCAAAUUUCACAACCUCAGUCACAAAUUCCCCAACCACAAGAGCAACAAACGGCUGAACUCAUUAGUUUUGACUAAGUCCCAACAAUUAUAUUGUCAUAUACCAUAUACCAGUUAUUGUGCUAAUAUGUUUAUUCCAGCAGGCAUUGCAUGGUUAAGAAAAUUAAAUACAUUUUGGGAAAUGUUUUAUGGCGUUAUAUGAUAUCAAGUGAAUUUUAUCUAUGUACUUUAUAUAAUUUAAUGCUUUUAAUUGUCGCUUUAAAAUAAAUAAUUUGUAGUCAAGCUAUUGGGUUAAAU